GUCCUCCUCCUCCUCCUCCUCCUCGUUUAUAUCUCUCUCUCUCUCUCUCCCCAUCACUAUGACUUCCUCCCACUUUCACGACAUGGUCUUCUCCCUAUAAAGCUCCUCGUCUCUCCACCAUUCACGCCUCAAAAAACCCAAAUCUUGAUUCUUCCCAUCUUUGUCCCUGUUCUCCUCUUCGUCCCUUAUAAUUCUUGAGCUCCUUGGCAGCUGGCAAAGAGUGUUUCGUGGGCCGCCGGAAGAAGCCGUGCCGCACUGGGAGUUGUGUCCUGUCUGUGCGUGCGCUUGCGGGCGUGCUUUCUUGCGAUGGGGAACUACGUGUCGUGCGCCCUGUUGGGCCCCGCGGGGCGGCAGUCGAGGGCCGCGAAGGUGAUCUUCCCGGGCGGCGAGGUCCAGCAGUUCCACGCCCCCACCAAGGCGGCGGAGCUCAUGCUCGAGACCCCGAACUACUUCCUCGUCAACUCGUGCUCGCUCCGGGCCGGGCGGCGGUUCUCGGCGCUCAACGCGGACGAGGACCUCGAGAUGGCGAGCGUCUACGUCAUGUUCCCGAUGCGGCGGCUCAACUCCCUGGUGACCGCGGCCGACGUGGGGGCGCUGUUCCUCACCGCGGGCGCCGCCGCCAAGAGGGGGAGCCGGGUGAGGUCCCUGCCGGAGUCGGGCGAGGAGCGGGGGGCCGAGGCCGCGGCUGCCGCCGUGCCGAAGCUGAACCUGGAGGAGAUCGAAGGGUUCUCGACGCCGGAGUUCAUGCACAGGCUCUCCAUGUCAAAGUCAAAGAAGCCUUUGCUGGAAACCAUAACCGAAGACUGAGCGAGGGAGGUAGUUAAUCGCGUUAGAAUUUUCUGUCAGAUCCGUCCAAUUAGGUUUAGACGUGUAAGAAAAAUUGGAAAGGAGAUUUGUAUCUUUGUUGGAGGGAUCCGUCGUGUAUACAAAAUUUCAAUUUAAAGGUAGGUUGUAAUAUUGCCUUUCUUUUGCGCACUUUACCUUCCCGUGUUGAUUGCGAGCUCGUGAAAUGGGAAUGCUUUCCAAGGAAAAAGUCAAAUACAGGCAAGACAUACGGAAACGUAUUUAAUCAA